AUGUCUCACGAAUAUUAUCAAGAAGUCGUUAAUGAUUUAGAAAAAUUAUUUAUUACUGAAAUAGGAUAUGAUGUUAUUAUUUAUGUCGGUGAAAAUGAAAAUAUAAAAGAAUUUCAUGCGCAUUCACCUAUUUUAUGUACCAGGUUACAAUAUUUUUGUGCUGCAUUUUCUAAUAAAUGGGCUGAAAAAAAGGAUGGAAAAUUUAUUUUUAAAAAACCCAAUAUUCCUCCUCAAAUAUUUAAUAUUAUUCUAAGAUUUAUUUAUUGCGGAAAGAUUGAUUUAACAAAAUUACAAGGUCUUGACGCAUUAGAACUUUUGAUUGCGGUGGAUGAACUUAAUAUUCAAACUUUAAUUCCUUGUAUUCAAAAAUACUUGAAUGAACAUAAAGAUGAGUUUUUAUAUCAAAAUCCUAUAGAAAUUUUUGAAAUGGUUUAUCAAUGUGAAUUAUUCACAGAUUUAUAUAAUUAUUAUUUUGAGAAAAUUUGUGAAGAACCGGAUAUAAUAUUUAAUUCUGAAAAUUUUGUUACUAUAAAAGAACCUUUAUUAGAAUUACUUUUAAAACGAGAUGAUUUAAAUUUAGAUGAAACUAUUAUUUGGGAUAGUUUGAUAAAAUGGGGACUUACUCAAAAUCCUUCAAUUCAACAAGAUUUUAAAAAAUGGGAUGAGGAAGAAAUUAACAUGAUGAAAAAAACUCUUCAUAGAUGUAUUCCGUUAGUUAGAUUUCAUCAUAUGUCUCAGGAAGAUCUUCAUGAUAAAGUAUUUCCUUUGAAAACUUUACUAUUAAAAGAUGUUUAUAAUAGUCUUUUGACACCAAAUUUAAAAACAAAUAUUAUUAUAUUACCACCUAGACAAUCAAAAAGUAUUUAUGAUUCAAUCAUAAUUGAUCGUAAACAUUUUACUACGUUUGCUAGUUGGAUUGAUAGAAAAGAUGAUUCAUUUUAUAAUUUAAAAAAUAUUCCUUAUAAAUUUAAAUUACUUUAUCGUAGAAGUAGGGAUGGUAAUACUUCAAAGGCAUUCCAUGAGAAAUGUGAUAAUAUAGAAUCUACUAUAGUUAUAGCAAAAAUUACAAAUACUGAACAAAUAGUUGGAGGUUAUAAUCCACUUUUUUGGGAUAAAAGUGAAAAUUUUAAAUCAACUAAAGAUAGUUUCAUAUUUUCAUUUAUAGAUAAGAAUGAUUAUCAAAGUGUAAAAUUAGGUUAUCCUGAUGAAAAUGAAUACCUUUCUUCUAUAUACUGUAAUGAAAAUUAUGGUCCAACAUUUGGUGGUGGUCAUGAUUUAUUUUGUCAAAAUGAUGGUACUUGGGCAAGUUAUAGAGCAUAUUCUUAUCCUAGAAUGUUUCCACCUUUAGUAACUUUUGAUGUAGAGGAUUAUGAAGUUUUUCAAGUCAUUAAAUGAAUAAAUAAUAUUAUUUUAUAAUUUAUAUCAUAAAUUAUUUAAAAUUUCAAAUGCAUGUACUGUUUAUAAAUGAUAAUUU